UACCUCUACAUGUUCUUGAGUGUAUUUUCUUUGCAGUAACCGAAGUGGUCUGGGAGGGUGAAGAAGAAUUGAAGAAAGCAAACUGUACUACAGUUGGCAAACCUAAUGGUGACAGAGCUGCUGACACCACGAGCAGAAUGCUGAAGCUCAACAAGGUCAAUGGAGUGCUCUUUACUGGAGGGUGGGCUAAAACCGGAUUGUGUUAUGAGACUGUGAAGGCAAUUUGCAGGAAAGUUUUGGUGAAGAAUGAUGCUGCUGACCACUUCCCAUCUUAUGCCAUCUGCUUGGGCUUUGAACUAUUGACAAUGAUAAUCAGCAAGGACAAAAGCAUUCUCGAGGAAUUUAAUGCUGCAGAUCAAGCAGAUCAAGCAUCCACUCUACAAUUUAUGAGAAACACAAAUGUUGAAGGAACGGUAUUUCAAAGCAAGCAGGAUAUCUGUAUGUUUCUGAUUGGCUUCUUAUACUCUAUGAGAAUAUCAAUUUGGAUUUAUAAUUUAGUAUAUGAUGCUGAUUAUGUAGCCGUGGAAUCAAAAUAUUGCUGGAGAGAGAAAUGUGGAUUACAUCAAAUUAUUACGGAUGAUUGUCCUGGUAUACCAAAAGUGGUCAUUGGAAUAGAAGAUGCGUGGUUACCUUGUAUAAGGUGUCUGUUGCUUGAUAUAGUCAUGCAUAAUCACCUAUAGAUGCAGUUCUAACUUCCAUCUAUCCUCUGUUUUGCAAAGUUCCGCCAGAUUUGCUUAAAAAGUCGAGUACAGAUUGCCUUGUCAUGCAAAAUCAUCAUGUGAGUUGUAAGACUUCAGUAGCCUGCUGGUUUUAAUUGAGAAUACUAAGUGGAAUUUGUUUGAUUCCCCGUUUUGUCUUCCUUUUGUUUUCUCUCAUGUACCUCUUUCUUCCAGCAGAGUGUUAUCAUCGCAGGGACUACAUUCUUAUUUUGAUAUAAGCCAUCUAUUACACGUGACACGACCAUUACUUCUAAAGAAUGGUGUCUAGAUGGUCUAGUUAGAUCCUGGAAAAGUUAAAAGAGGAGACAAAAGUCAUGCAACUUUAAUGCAUUGUUUUGCUUCUUUUUGUAGACUAAAAUCCUGUGAGUUUUUAUAUGGACCCAGUAGUUUUUUU